CAGAAAACAAAACCAACAAAAGAGAACACCUUCCAGAACAAUCUGAGCUGCAUGAAAGGCAAACAUUCACUAAAGUUGGAGCUUUCCUAACUAAGUCUGCCCAGAGAUAAGUGGCAUAUUUGACCUUCACCAUGAUUAACAAGCCUUUCUUUGAAAUUGUGUCGGUGCUGUUGGCCUCUUCUACUAUCUUCUCCCUAGAGUUGAAACUGGCUCUCUUCCAACAAAGAGUAAACAGAGAGAGUUUAAAACUCUUGAGCACAUUGCAAAGCUCAUCAAUUCAGCAGUGUCUGCCACACAGGAAAAACUUCCUGCUUCCCCAGCGGUCUGUGAAUCCUCGCCAGUACCAGAAAGGACAAGCACUGGCCAUUCUUCACGAGAUGCUUCAGCAGAUCUUCAACCUCUUCAGGGCAAAUACUUCUUCAGAUGGUUGGGAGGAAAGCCACGUGGAGAAGUUCCUCACUGAGCUUCAUCAACAGCUGGAAUACCUAGAAGAACUCACAGGCCCGGAAGCAGAGCAGGACAGCUGCAUCUUGGGGAGUGAGAACGUUAGGUUACAGAUUAAAAUGUACUUCCAAAGGAUCCAUGAUUACCUGGAAAGCCAAGAGUACAGCAGCUGUGCCUGGACCAUUGUUCGAGUAGAAAUCAACCGGUGUCUCUUCUUUGCACUCCAGCUGACAAGAAAGAUAAGCAAACGAGGAAUGCAUUCCUGGAAGAAUGUGGGGCAUGAGCCAAGGGCAGACUUUAGAAGCAUAGGGUAGGUGGAGGCGCCGGACGACUGUUCCAGAGACUAUCAUUUCUUCUUGUCAUUAAUUGCUUUGGUUUCGUGUGUGUACAUAUAUGUAUAUUUACCUGUCCUUUAAGAUUAUGCGUAGUGACUACAAUGGUCUUUGUUUUGUAAUGCCACUUUGUAUUUUCCAUUCAUCUUAAAUUUUCAUGAGAUAAAAUAGAUUCAUCAGUCUUUCAUACUUGGUUCUUCAAAUGGGUUUAUUUUCCUCAAAGUAAAUGAGGUGUGUCUCCACCGAACUAAUUUCUUAACUUACCACGUCCAUUCCAAUGAUUUCUUUGCCAGAAAUUGGUAGAAACGUUAAGAAGUACAAGGAAUAAUGUGCAUUGCCAGACUUGAAAAUGUCAAUACACGCUGAAUAUCUGUUACAGGUGACACAACAGAAAUAUGGCCAAAGGUCAUGAACAGCAGAUUGCAGAGGGAAAACAAAUGCAUGAAAACAGGUUCAA